AUGGCACCAACAGCAGUCGACAUGACCGGCACGAUCGCCGCAACUAGCGUUCCUGUCAAGGCUUUCAAUCAGGUUUCUAGCGCCCAGCUGCAUCCCUUGGAUGAUAUCACACCGGCUGAAAACAAGUUGGCUGUCGAACUUGUCCGUGACUACCACCGCAAUGAUGGGUUCGAUCCUUGGUUCAAGGCGGUUCAGCGUCAAGAGCCUCGCAAAUCCGUCCUCCUCCCUUGGCUAGACGCUUUCCACGCCGGUCAGAACCCGGCUGGCCUCCCACGCAAGAUUGAAGUGCUCUACAUUGAACCCGCGACGGCCAAGAUUCACGAGGCAAUUGUUGACGUUGCAUCGCAGAGAGUUGAAUCUCACACAGUCGUUCCAGGCAACCACAGAACGAAUCUCGACAUCACCCAGCUUGAAGCUUUCGAGGCCGAAGUGGUCAAGGAUCCCAUCGUCCGACAAGCACUUCAAGAACUCGGCUUGGACCCCGAGACCCCCAUUGCUUCUGACCCUUGGAUCUACGGCGCUGAUUCUUUCGAAGAUCAACCCUACUUGAUGCAAUUCCUCAUGUAUCUCAAGUCUCCGCGCACCGGUCACGAUGGCGACACGUUCCACUAUUCCUGGCCUUUGCCCUUCGUGCCCGUUCUCGACGUCAACUCUGGUAAGAUUGUCCGCGUCGAUUGGUGUUACACUGGCGAUUCUGCCGACGGCAUGGUGCACACCUGGAAGCAGGGAUGGGCCAAGAGCAACAUGGAAGAGCGCGAAUACAUGCCUCAUCUUCAGCCCAACUUCCAGCCUCGAGCCGGGCUAAAGCCCUUGGUUGUCCAGCAGCCUGAAGGACCUUCGUUUACUGUCAAUGGCAAGAAUGUUGAAUGGCAAGGAUGGAACUUCCGCAUCUCUUGGACCGCUCGAGAGGGCCUGACCCUCCACGAUCUUCGAUUCAAGGACAGGUCCGUCUUCCACCGGCUUUCCAUGUCCGAGAUGACCGUCCCCUAUGGAGAUCCUCGGCCGCCUCUUCACCGCAAGCAAGCUUUCGAUGUGGGAGAUGCCUCCUGUGGCUUUACCGCCAACAGCCUGAGCCUCGGAUGCGACUGCCUCGGUGCUAUCCACUACUUUGACGGUCACUUGGCCCUACCUAACGGAGAACUGCUGCAACAGCAGAACGUGGUCUGCAUGCACGAGGUUGACGACGGUCUCGGCAUGAAGCAUACCAAUUACCGAACCAACAAUCCUUACGUUGUGCGUCGACGCACACUUGUGCUCCAAACCAUCAUCACUGUGGCCAACUACGAGUACAUUUUCCUCUGGCACUUUGAUCAGACCGGUGCCAUCUCGUUUGAGGUGCGCGCUACUGGUGUCCUGUCUGUGUCACCCAUCGAUGCGGGCAAGACUUCGCCAUACGGCAAUGUGGUGUCUCGUGGCGUUUUGGGAACCAACCAUCAGCACAUUUUCUGUGUGCGAGUCGAUCCACGCAUCGAUGGCGAUGGAAACACGGUGCACUACGAAGACAGUGUCGCUAUGCCCUUCACCACGGAAGAGGACAAGUUGGCCAACCCCUACGGAACGGGCUACACUGUUCAAAAGACGGUCCUAGAUCACGAAGGCGGCGUCAACUUGGACCCUUUCAAGAACCGAACCUUCAAAAUUACCAACCCAAACAAGAUCAAUGCCAUCUCGCAGAAACCGGUCGGCUACAAGUUGCACUUGCCAGCCACACAGCUGCUAUUGGCUCACCCCGAUUCUGUGGCGUAUGCUCGUGCUGAAUUCGCUCGGCACCAUGUCUGGGUCACCAAGUACCGUGAUGAUGAGCUGUGGGCGGGCGGAAAGUUCACCAACCAGUCCAACGGCAAACAGGGUGGAUUGGCGGCCUAUUCUCAGGCCAAAGAAAGCACAGUCAACGACGACAUUGUGCUUUGGGCUGUCUUCGGUCUGACGCAUAACCCACGUGUCGAGGACUUCCCUGUGAUGCCCAUCGAGACGCUCAUGAUGUCGCUCAAGCCCAACGAUUUCUGGGAAACGUGCCCUAUUCUCGAUGUUCCCACAAGCACACAAGCGGCGAACAAGUCAACAUUGGUCUCGGACAGCGCCCAGUCCCAGGCAUGUUGUAAAAAGUAG